GAUACUCCCAGUUCUGAAGUAAGAGCAAAAUUUUUCUUAAGAGUUUUCAUAUAAAGAAGACACUACUACAGGGUGUGCAAAACAUUCAGGAUGAAUUUAAUUCAGCUUGUAUGUGACCACUGGGUACAUAUACUUGUCCCUAUGGGAUUUGUCGUUGGAUGUUAUCUAGACAGAAAGAGUGAUGAAAAGCUAACUGCCUUCCGGAACAAGAGUUUGUUUUUUAAAAGAGAACUGAGACCCAAUGAAGAAGUCACCUGGAAGUGAAGGCUGUGGCUGAAUUGCAGAAUGGUCACAUUUUUUAAAUUAUCAGAAAAAUAAAAAAACUGAACAAUU